CGGCGAUCCCCGACCGACCGGCCCGGCCCGGCCCACCUCCUCUUUUAUUGUGGGGAGGGAGUUGUCUCUGCCUCCUCUGCCCUCUCUCGUCUUUUGAUCGGUCGGUCUCUCUGGGCUGCACGGCAAUGGCUCUCGUCUCACGCGCCACCGCCACGCGCUCCUCCCUCUCCCUCCUCGCCCCUCACCUCCGCGUCCUCUCCACCGCUGCCUCCUCCUCCACUCCGGCCCCCCACUCCCGCCCCCCUCCCCCCUCCGCCUCCUCAUCCCCCGGCCUCCCCAAGGCCGCUGAGUAUGUCAUAUCCAAAGUCGACGACCUUAUGAACUGGGCCCGCCGCGGCUCCAUCUGGCCCAUGACCUUCGGCCUCGCCUGCUGCGCCGUCGAGAUGAUGCACACCGGCGCCGCCAGGUACGAUCUGGACCGAUUCGGGAUCAUCUUCAGGCCCAGCCCUCGCCAGUCCGAUUGUAUGAUCGUCGCCGGGACCCUCACUAACAAGAUGGCUCCUGCUCUUCGCAAGGUCUAUGACCAAAUGCCCGAGCCAAGAUGGGUUAUCUCUAUGGGGAGCUGCGCAAAUGGUGGUGGCUACUAUCACUAUUCCUAUUCAGUGGUCCGCGGCUGUGACAGGAUCGUCCCAGUUGAUAUCUACGUUCCUGGUUGCCCUCCCACUGCUGAGGCCUUGCUGUAUGGAAUCCUUCAACUGCAGAAGAAGAUCAACAGGCGGAAGGACUUCCACAUCUGGUGGACUAAAUAAGGUCCUGCUAGGUUUCCUCUUGCUCUUGGCUACAUUUAUCAAAUAAAUGCGACUCGAUAUCCUCUUGAUGGGCAGACAUUAAUCAUGUAUAAGGAGCUUCCUGGCAUGGUCCUUAUCUGUUUCUGAGUGUGUGUGGUGUUUUACGUAUGUCAUGAAGUGGUAGCUUGUUUAUUCUAGAGCUCUUCAGAGGCAGCAGAAGACCAUGUAAUUCUUGGUGGUGUGCUCUUCAAUUCCAGCAUUUCUGUUGACGAGGUUGUCAUGUACCCAACCCAUGUAAUUUCGAAUGGUUUUUGUUCAGGCAGGGGACUUGAAAAUAAACUGCUUAUGUUUUGCUUA